GGAUGAGUGUAGGCGUUCUAUCAAGAGAAUGCGCCGAGCCGGCAGGCUGCACUAAGUAUUGGUGCGCAAGCGCGGUGGAGGCAGGCCGGGAUUUAAAGGGGUAGUGUCCACGGGUGCUGCCCCUUAGGGGGAGUCUGUUCGGCGUUUUCAGAGGCGAGUGGGCUUUGUUCCUCCUGUUUGGAAACAUGGUUUGCGGGGGCUUCGCCUGCUCACGCAAUGCUCUGUGCGCGCUCAACGUCGUUUACGUGCUGGUUGGUCUACUACUGAUUGGAGUGGCUGCCUGGGGUAAAGAAUUUGGAAUCGUUCCCAGCCUGAACAUCAUCGGAGGGGUCAUUGCUGUGGGUUUCUUCCUGCUUCUCAUCGCCAUUGUGGGACUCAUUGGUGCUAUCAACCAUCACCAAGUCAUGCUUUUCUUUUAUAUGAUAAUUCUAGGGCUAAUCUUUAUUUUCCAGUUUGGAAUUUCCUGUGCAUGCCUGACACUAAAGCCACAUAAGCAAUGUUGUUGCAUGUUGCAUUCACACAGUACCCUGAAUCCAAUACCUGGGAUUGUGAAAUAUAAUAGUUCUAUUCAUGGAAUGUGCUGUGGCCAAACAAAUCACAUUAAGCAGAAGAUCUGUUGGUUUGUGCAACAUGUUAAGGAAAGACUUUUGAGCGGUACCUGGAAAUUGCUGAAUGACAACACCAGGAUAUCAUUGGAAAACAGCUUAAAUUGCUGUGGGCUAUUCAACAACACUGAGUCUGCUGAGCUAUUUAAGAGCGAUGUUGACAAUUGCAGUGCACCAUGCACGAAAUCAAAGAUUGGAUGCCUGAAAUGUGGCGUUGUGCUGAUGGAACAUGCAGAUGAGGCUUUUAAAAUCCUUGGUGGAGUUGGACUCUUCUUCAGUUUCACAGAGAUCCUUGGAGUAUGGCUUGCAAUGCGCUACAGAAACCAGAAGGAUCCCAGAGCCAACCCCAGUGCCUUUUUAUAGUUCUUUCUCUCCUACCACCUUCCAGGUUCCCUUUUUAGUUAGUCCCUUCUUGCUUAUUUAAGACCUCCCAUUUCCAUCACUCGAUUGCCAACAGCUCUGGCAGGCCCUAUGAGGGUGAAUUUUGCCUUUAUGCCAAAAUGCUGAUUGGAUGAAACAGCAAGCGGAGAUCUCAUCCAUGACAUGAAGCCUUGGUGGCAUGUGGCAAAGGGAUCCAGUACUGGAAGCAAAAGGCAGACAAUUAGUUGGUAUCACAUAAGAUAGUGAAAAAUCAUUUUGUUGACUCAUGUGAUUGCUGCUCCAUAACUACAAUCAUUUUGGUGUUUUUAAAAUU